UCGAGCUUAUGCUCAGCUCGGACAAUCGCUCAGGCUUUCUCCAUCCUGUCUCCAUAAGGUUUGCUCUCGUCGAGUGGGGUGCACGUUGGUUGCAGAACUAUCCGCUCGAAUACGGUAUCAGAAGGGCAAAGAGGUUUCUCGUCAUUCAGCGUUCGCAUUGUGAUCACCACGCCAGCUGUCACCUGUUGGUCACUUGGCCUCACUCGUGCUCUAUAUAUUGAGACUCUUUGCAUAUAUAACUUCUCCUUCCCAUAGUCCUGACCGGUAGCUCUCGAGGACUACUCCCGCAACCUGAUGUCCAAUCAAAUCCCAGUCAACGUCGAGGACUGCUUCACCGCAGUUCGUGCCCUUGCUCAAGGCGUGGCAGAGCUGAAUCGGAAGCAGGCAAACAGCGCCCAGUUCGCCAUUAUUGGUGGCGUCGCCGUCGCCGCCCUGACGCGACCCUUCAUCAAUCAAAUGCCCAACAAUGUCGUGAACUUUGUCAAUAUCAUCAGGAGGCAAACGCAGGAUGUAGACAUGGAAAUUAGAUGUGCUGGUCUUGAUGCCACUUGGAACAGGCUCAAUGCCCUUGGUUACCUUCCCCAAGGUUCGGACGAUCUGAUCAGUGCGCCCGGAGGCACAUUCACCAGGAGCGGGUCGGACAGAAACCCGAAGUAUCUCCUCAUUCGCACGCACGAUAACAUCGGGAAUCCGCGCAAUCGCAAUCUUGAGGCCGUGUCAUUCGAUAUCAGCGAGCUCUCUACGUCACGCCUCCUGGCCUACAUGGACGCUGCCCAGGUGUUCACGGCGGCGUCGGUCGAGCAGCUUCAGUUCGAUUCCUUGCCCACCGCGCUGCCUACAUUCCGCCCGCACAUCGUCCUCGUCCUCAAGAUUGAGGGCGCGACCCAGCGCGAGGCCAACACGAAGAAAGACUAUGUCGACAUCGGCAUCCUGGUGGCAUCCGCGGACAGGCUCGGCUUCAACCGCGCCUCGUUCGACCCCUUCCGAACGCGCGCCGCUUGGGCGCAGAUCAGGCAAACGGUCGCGUCCUGGGCGGCUAGUAGGGCGAAGGCUGAGCAGGUUGUGACGUGGAUGCAAGAGCAAAAGUAUAUCAGUCCGGACACGGAUGUCAAACGUGCUGCAGAGGAUGCCUGGGUCGGGUAUUUCGCGACGUUGAACGGGUUCAUUCAGUGAAGAGCAUGCGCUGUCGCAGAGGUAUUCAUGCAAAAUCUUGAACGAUAUGUCAUAGUCUAUCCACCCUUCACGUAACUAGUCCUUACUGUGCAGCUACGAAGUCCCGCCGACCCGACAGUAACACAGCUAUCAUGACGUCA